AUGACGGAGUUGCUCGACUCCUCGCCUCUCAUGGAUGGCUUUGUACGUACGAUGUGGCGGUGGAGAGGAAUUGGAGCGGAACAGCGCCACCUUUCACGCACUGGACUGGCACGACUGUGGACUACACGUACAUGUUUGCCCCAACUGCGACUGCCGAAGUGGGUUCAUAUCUACUAUGCAGCAGUGUUUCUGACCAUCUGCCUAUUUUGA